CAGUGACGUUUCCAUGACGAGCGACUACCCCAUAUAUGAAAAUAUUGUCUUCAAAGACAGACAUAGUUCUUCUGAUGAAAGGAUUCAACAGCAAAGAUCAGCCUCUCCUGAACCCAGCUGUGUGUCCAUGAAGAGUGCCCAGUCUAUGAUUGAACACAUUCUAUUCAAACAUAGACACCAGUCUCUUGCUGAAAGCGUUAAGCAGCAGAGCUCAGAGGAUCACAGAGGUCAGUGUGUCCCUCAGCGUCAAACAGAUCUGGACUCUGUGUUUAUGCUGCUGGAGGAGAACAUUGUCAGUUUUGUGAAGAAUGAGCUGAAGAAGAUGCAGAAGGUUCUGAGUCCAGAUUACCCAGAAUGCUUAGAGAGUCAGAAGGAGGAAGAGGAGGUGUUGGAGGGUGAAGAUGAAGAUCAGAGGAGCAGCAGCAGAGAGUCAUUUCUGAAGAUCACUCUGCACUUCCUGAGGAGAAUGAAGCAGGAGGAGCUGGCUGACCGUCUGCAGAGCAGGACUAUUGUUCUGAUGUGUCGACAACAACACAAGUCCAACCUACAGAAGAAGUUCCAGUGUGUGUUUGAGGGGAUCGCUAAAGCAGGAAACCCAACUCUUCUGAACCAGAUCUACACAGAGCUUUACAUCACAGAGGGAGGGACUGCAGAGGUCAAUGAUGAACAUGAGGUCAGACAGAUUGAAACAGCAUCCAGGAAACCAGACAGAGCAGAAACAACAAUCAAACAAGAAGACAUCUUUAAAGGCUCGUCUGGAAGACAUGAACCAAUCAGAACAGUGAUGACAAAGGGAGUGGCUGGCAUUGGGAAAACUGUCUUAACACAGAAGUUCACUCUGGACUGGGCUGAAGACAAAACCAACCAGGACAUCCACUUCACAUUUCCAUUCACUUUCAGAGAGCUCAAUGUGCUGAAAGAGAAAAAGUACAGCUUGGUGGAACUUGUUCAUCACUUCUUCACUGAAACCAAAGAAGCAGGAAUCUGCAGCUUUCAACACUUCCAGGUUGUGUUCAUCUUUGACGGUCUGGAUGAGUGUCGACUUCCUCUGGACUUCCACAACAAUGAGAUCCUGACUGAUGUUACAGAGUCCACCUCAGUGGAUGUGCUGCUGACAAACCUCAUCAGGGGGAAACUGCUUCUCUCUGCUCGCCUCUGGAUAACCACACGACCUGCAGCAGCCAAUCAGAUCCCCUCUGAGUGUGUUGACAUGGUGACAGAGAUCAGAGGGUUCACUGACCCACAGAAGGAAGAAUACUUCAGGAAGAGAUUCAGAGAUGAGGAGCAGGCCAGCAGCAUCAUCUCCCACAUCAAGACAUCACAAAGCCUCCACAUCAUGUGCCACAUCCCAGUCUUCUGCUGGAUCACUGCUACAGUUCUGGAGGAGCUGCUGAAGACCAGAGAGGGAGGAGAUCUGCCCAAGACCCUGACUGAGAUGUACAUCCACUUCCUGGUGGUCCAGACCAAAGUGAAGAAGGUCAAGUAUGAUGGAGGAGAUGAAACAGAUCCACACUGGAGUCCAGAGAGCAGGACGAUGAUUGAGUCUCUGGGAAAACUGGCUUUUGAGCAGCUGAAGAAAGGAAACCUGAUCUUCUAUGAAUCAGACCUGACAGAGUGUGGCAUCGAUAUCAGAGCAGCCUCAGUGUACUCAGGAGUGUUCACACAGAUCUUUAAAGAGGAGAGAGGACUGUACCAGGACAAGGUGUUCUGCUUCGUCCAUCUGAGUGUUCAGGAGUUUCUGGCUGCUCUUCAUGUCCAUCAGACCUUCAUCAACUCUGGUGUCAACCUGAUGGAAGAACAACAAACAGCAUCUCGGUUGUCUGCUGUGUUUAGAGGAAAAACAAAAUUAAAACAUGUCCACAAGAGAGCUGUAGACGAGGCCUUGCAGAGUCCAAAUGGACACCUGGACUUGUUCCUGCGCUUCCUCCUGGGUCUUUCACUCCAGACCAAUCAGAAUCUCCUACAAGGCCUGCUGACAAGGACAGAAAGUAACUCACAGACCAAUCAGGAAACAGUCGAGUACAUCAAGAAGAAGCUCAGUGAGAAUCUUUCUGCAGAGAGAAGCAUCAAUCUGUUCCACUGUCUGAAUGAACUGAAUGAUCGUUCUCUUGUGGAGGAGAUCCAACAGUCCCUGAGAUCAGGAAGUCUCUCCACAGAUAAACUGUCUCCUGCUCAGUGGUCAGCUCUGGUCUUCAUCUUGCUGUCAUCAGAAAGACAACUAGACGUGUUUGACCUGAAGAAAUACUCUGCUUCAGAGGAGGCUCUUCUGAGGCUGCUGCCAGUGAUCAAAGCCUCCAACAAAGCUCUGUUGAGCAGCUGUAACCUCUCAGAGAGAAGCUGUGAAGCUCUGUCCUCAGUUCUCAGCUCUCAGUCCUCUAGUCUGAGAGAUCUGGACCUGAGUAACAACGAUCUGCAGGAUUCAGGAGUGAAGCUACUUUCUGCUGGACUGAAGAGUCCACACUGUGAACUGGAAACUCUUGGGCUGAGCAGCUGUAACCUGUCAGAGAGAAGCUGUAAAGCUCUGUCCUCAGUUCUCAGUUCAGAGUCCUCUAGUCUGAGAGAUCUGGACCUGAGUAACAACAACCUGCAGGAUUCAGGAGUGAAGUUACUUUCUGCUGGACUGAAGAGUAAACACUGUGAACUGGAAACUCUCAGGCUGUCAGGUUGUCUGGUCACAGAAGAAGGUUGUGCUUCUCUGGCUUCAGCUCUGAACUACAACCCCUUCCAUCUGAUAGAGUUGGACCUGAGUAACAACAACCUGCAGCUGCAGGAGCCGGGAGUAAAGCAGCUUUCUGCUGGAGUGGACGAUCCUUAUUGGAGACUGGGCGCUCUCAGAGUGGACAGUAAUAGAGAGCAGAAGCUAACUCCUGGUCUGAGGAAAUAUGCCUGUAAAAUCACUUUGGAUCCAAACUCAGCACACAGAAACCUCAAACUGUCUGACAACACGAGAGUGGAAGCAGCGGACGAGCAGCAGCCGUAUCCUGAUCAUCGAGAAAGAUUUGAUACCUUCUGUCAGCUGCUGUGUAGAAACGGUCUGACUGGGCGCCGAUACUGGGAGGUCGAGUGGAGAGGAAGGGUUGAUAUAGCAGUGUCUUACAUCACGAUCAGGAGGAAGGGAUACAGCAGGACCUCCAGGUUUGGAGGGAACAAUCAGUCCUGGUGUCUGAGCUGCUCUGAUGAUUGUUACUCUGUCUGGCACAACAACACAGAGACGAUCAUCCCUCUCCCUCCCUUCUCCAUCUCUCACAGAGUAGCAGUUUAUCUGGACCGUCGUGCUGGAAUUCUGUCCUUCUACAGAGUCUCCUCUGAUACAAUGGUCCACCUCCACACCUUCAGCACCAAAUUCACUCAGCUUCUGUAUCCUGGGUUUAGAGUCUGGAGUGGUUCAGUGACUAUAUGUCCAGAGACUGCUGCAGUCACCCUGCUGACUGAGGAAUGUCUGUUUAAUCCAUACGAGACCUCGCUCACACUGUAUUCGUGUUCUGAUGCAGUGGUCAUGCAGCAACAGCUUGGAGAAGGCAGGCAGAUUCUCCUCAUCCUGGCACUGGGUUGCCAGUUUUACUGGCCUCAUGAUCAUAGGUGUGGCUCUGCUAUGGAUCAGUGUGAGGACAGAGAGGAGGGAGUCCCUCCCUCUAAAACCACUCUGUGGAGGGAACAUGAGAACCAGACCAAAGCUCAGAGGAUCUACCAGACACCUCGCUCUCCUGAACUCAUCAAGAGUGACUACUCAAUGUAUCGACCUACUGUCUUCAAAGAGGGACAUCGUUCUUUUGAUCAAAGUAUUUAUCAAAAAAACUUGGAGGAUCUCAGCGGUCAUUCUGGCCAGCGGCACAGCCCAGACCUGAAUGCCUUAUUUCUGCUGCUGGAGGAAAACAUCAUCAGUUAUGUGAGGAAUGAGCUGAAGAAGAUCCAGAAGGUUUUGAGUCCAGAUUACCCAGAAUGCUUAGAGAGUCAGAAGGAGGAGGAGGAGGAGAUGUUGGAGGGUGAGGAUGAAGAUCAGAGGAGGAGCAGCAGAGAGUCAUUCCUGAAGAUCACGCUGCACUUCCUGAGGAGAAUGAAGCAGGAGGAGCUGGCUGACUGUCUGCAGAGCAGAACCAGUGCUACUGUGUGCCGUCAGAGACUGAAAUCAACAUUGAAGAAGAAGUUCCAGUGUGUGUUUGAGGGGAUCGCUAAAGCAGGAAACCCAACUCUUCUGAACCAGAUCUACACAGAGCUCUACAUCACAGAGGGAGGGACUGCAGAGGAGUUUCUGGCUGCUCUUCAUGUCCAUCAGACCUUUAUCAAGUCUGGAAUCAACCUGAUGGAAGAACAACAAACAAUUUCCAAGAAGCCAAACACAUCUGAAGAAAAACCUACACUUAAACAUGUCCACCAGAGAGCUGUAGACGAGGCGUUGCAGAGUCCAAAUGGACACCUGGACUUGUUCCUGCGCUUCCUCCUGGGUCUUUCACUCCAGACCAAUCAGAAUCUCCUACGAGGCCUGCUGACAAGGGCAGAAAGUAUCUCACAGACCAAUCAGGAAACAGUUGAGUACAUCAAGAAGAAGCUUAAUGAGAAUCUGUCUGCAGAGAGAAGCAUCAAUCUGUUCCACUGUCUGAAUGAACUGAAUGAUCGUUCUCUAGUGGAGGAGAUCCAAUGGUCUUUGAGAUUACGCCGUCUCUCCACAGAUGAACUGUCUCCUGCUCAGUGGUCAGCUCUGGUCUUCAUCUUACUGUCAUCAGAAGAACAUCUGGGUGUGUUUGACCUGAAGAAAUACUCUGCUUCAGAGGAGGCUCUUCUGAAGCUGCUGCCAGUGGUCAAAGCCUCCAACAAAGCUCUGCUGAGCAGCUGUAACCUCUCAGAGAGAAGCUGUGAAGCUCUGUCCUCAGUUCUCAGCUCUCAGUCCUCUAGUCUGAGAGAUCUGGACCUGAGUAACAACGACCUGCAGGAUUCAGGAGUAAAGCUGCUUUCUGAUGGAUUGAAGAGUCCACACUGUGAACUGGAAACUCUCAGGCUGUCAGGUUGUCUGGUCACAGAAGAAGGUUGUUCUUCUCUGGUCUCAGCUCUGAGCUCCAAUCCCUCCCAUCUGAGAGAGCUGGACCUGACCUACAACCAUCCAGGAGAGUCAGGAGUGAAGCUGCUUUCUGCUAGACUACAGGAUCCAUGCUGGAGGCUGGACACUCUCAGAUUGAGCAGCUGUAACCUCUCAAAGAGAAGUUGUGAAGCUCUGUCCUCAGUUCUCAGCUCUCAGUCCUCUAGUCUGAGAGAUCUGGACCUGAGUAACAACAACCUGCAGGAUUCAGGAGUGAAGCUGCUUUCUGCUGGAUUGAUGAGUCCACACUGUGAACUGGAAACUCUCAGGCUGAGCAGCUGUAACCUGUCAGAGAGAAGCUGUGAAGCUCUGUCCUCAGUUCUCAGUUCAGAGUCCUCUAGUCUGAGAGAUCUGGACCUGAGUAACAACAACCUGCAGGAUUCAGGAGUGAAGUUACUUUCUGCUGGACUCACGAGUAAACACUGUGAACUGGAAACUCUCAGGCUGUCAGGUUGUCUGGUCACAGAAGAAGGUUGUGCUUCUCUGGCUUCAGCUCUGAACUACAACCCCUUCCAUCUGAUAGAGUUGGACCUGAGUAACAACAACCUGCAGCUGCAGGAGCCGGGAGUAAAGCAGCUUUCUGCUGGAGUGGACGAUCCUUAUUGGAGACUGGGCGCUCUCAGAGUGGACAGUAAUAGAGAGCAGAAGCUAACUCCUGGUCUGAGGAAAUAUGCCUGUAAAAUCACUCUGGACCCAAACUCAGCACACAGAAACCUCAAACUGUCUGACAACAACAAGAGAGUGGAAGCGGUGAACGAGCAGCAACCGUAUCCUGAUAAUCUGGAAAGAUUUGAUACCUUCUGUCAGCUGCUGUGUAGAAACGCUCUGACUGGUCGCCGAUACUGGGAGGUCGAGUGGAGUGGAAGGGUUGAUAUAGCAGUGUCUUACAUCACGAUCAGGAGGAAGGGAUACAGCAGGACCUCCAGGUUUGGAGGGAACAAUCAGUCCUGGUGUCUGAGCUGCUCUGAUGAUUGUUACUCUGUCUGGCACAACAACGCAGAGAAGAUCAUUCCUCUCCCUCCCUCCUCCAUCUCUCACAGAGUA